AGGUGUCGCCUAAUAAGUGCAAAGUAACAGUGCUGUUAAAAAUUUAAUCGAGUUCAGUUUGAAAAAUCUUUAGAUUAUAAUAUACUUAAGGCUGAUUCUUUCUGAAUUGGAAAAAAUUACAAACAUAUAUAAUAAUAAUUCUGAAAACAAAUGACAAUAAUUAUUAAUGUAAUUUUUUCGCGAUUGGAAAAUUUGUGUCGCCGAAAGAAUUACAUUGUAAGUGAGGGGAGAUAAACAAAUGAAGUGAAACUAACCGACUAAAAACGAAUAAGCCCGAAUAGAAUCGAACGGACUUCGAGUAUGUUCGGUUUUGGACGCAAGCCUCAUUCAUCGCGCCUCCUCGGUUGAGUGUUGUGAAGUAAUAUCGUUGUGUGGUGUUUUUUUUAUUUCUUCGACAAAUACGCAUAAAUUAGCAUUCCCGCGUUGUACUAGGAUCAGUAGUACGAAUAUAUUAUCUUUAGCUUUCAAUUUGUUUUGAAAACAAUUUUAUGAAAAAUGGCGGUUGCGAGCGACGCUCUAUAUAACACGAGGAUGGCGUCUUACGUAUCGUCUAGCGCGUAUUACGGUUACGUACCUCUCUGUACAAGAGAAAAUAUGUUUGAUCAUAUUAAUGAGUGUAAUAGCGACAGCAGUGCACCUAGUAUCGCGAGUAACCAUUACGGUUCAGCUAUGGAAACGGAUGAUGAUGAAUAUGACUAUUCUGCGGCGUCAUGCCGUCUGAAUAACCAUUACGUGAUUCCAGAGACGUCGUUGAGGAGGUGGCACGAGGUCGACAAUAGACAGCAAUACCAUUGUUUAUCACCGACGGAGCAACAACAGGCGGUCCAUGGCGCCGACACGACGCGACGCAGGAACCGGAAACGAUCCAAUAACGAUAGCGGUUCAACUAUAGAAUUGAAAAAAUGUCGUAAAGGCAGCUGCGUUUACUAUGGUACAGGGAAUGCAAAGAACUAUGGAUUGGCCACAAUGCAUUAUGAGUCAACGUCAUUAUGCUUAAAUUCUAUCAACGAUAAAACCUUGGAUCAUUCCUUGGUUAUGACUGAAAGCUGCUGCAGGGCAGCAGAAGAUUCAGAUCUUGAUUGAUCAGCUUCUGCUAAAUCUUCAUUGCAACCUGGUUUAAGAGCAGAUGCUGAAGCAGAAGCAUUGUCGUUGUCAGGAGAACUCGAUGUCUAAACAUAAUGAAUAAAUAUGUUUUAAUAGCUACUUACAAGUAUUUCUAAGCGAUCUAUUAAUGGAACUUGUGCCAUAGGAGAUGAUGAAGAACCAGCAUGAGUUGAUGCAACUAACUCAUUUAAUGAACACUGAUUUUCCAAAUUAAAACCUAAUAUAGCACCGACGUCUGAAUCUUCGUCACUUGAUCGACAACUAUCACUCCCUGUUUGAUCAGCUGCUUCAUUCUGUUUACAUAUGUUAAUUAAUUAAUUUUUAAUGAAUCUUAAUUAAUUUAACUCUUUCCCAUCGUAACAGUUGUCGGCGCAGAUAUUCUUUCGUUUCGAAUUAUUUUUGUUCACACAACGAGUGACGUACGUUCAAUUAAUUAUAACUUGAAAACCUUAAUCCAUAGGAUUAUUUGGAUUAUUACUGGAAACUUUAGUCCGUAACUUAUCUUUUAUUUAUAUUAUACUGAAUAUACUUUGAACUUCAACGGGAAAGAGUUUGAAUAAAAUAAAAAAUGUAGACAAAAAAAAAA